ACCAUUUCCUCCAGCAGCAGGCCUCGGAGAGCUCCGCCGCGCGCACGCAAACGUACACACAUAUGCAGACAGAGCACGGACAACCGUCAAAGCAAAGCCACGUCUGGAAUUGUCUAAUCUUAACGCCACAAAACCUGGAUGCCCCCUAACCGCAGGAACCAUCCUCAUGGGCCUUCAUCGCUAAUUUGGAGCAACAUCUGGUCGACAGUACAGUGGUAUCUCUGGGCUCUGAUGGUACUAGCUGAACAGUGACCGCUGCCUACCUGAGGACACCUGCUGCCCAUUUCCCCUCAUCAUGUCUGGGAUCCACGCACCAUGGUCGACUGGCACAGAGUGUGUAGCCAAAUAUAACUUUCAGACUGCCAACGAACAGGACCUGCCCUUCUGUAAAGGAGAUGUACUGACCAUCAUCGGAGUCACCAGGGAUCCCAACUGGUACAGAGCGAGGAACACAGUGGGCAGAGAGGGCACCAUCCCAGCAAACUAUGUCCAGAAAAGGGAAGGAGUCAAGUCAGGAGGGAAACUCAGUCUUAUGCCCUGGUUCCAUGGGAAGAUAACUCGGGAGCAGGCUGAGCGGCUCCUCUAUCCCCCAGAGACGGGUUUAUUCCUGGUGAGGGAGAGCACCAACUAUCCUGGCGAUUACACCCUGUGUGUCAGCUGUGACGGAAAGGUGGAGCACUACCGCAUCAUCUACCAUAACGGCAAGCUAACCAUAGAUGAGGAGGAGUACUUUGAGAACCUCAUGCAGCUGGUGGAGCAUUACACCAAAGAUGCCGACGGCCUUUGUACCAGGCUGAUUAAACCCAAGUUGAUGGAGGGAACGGUGGCAGCACAAGACGAGUUCUCCCGGAGUGGCUGGGCCUUGAACAGAAAGGAGCUGAAACUCAUUCAGACUAUCGGAAAGGGGGAGUUUGGAGAUGUAAUGGUCGGAGAUUACAGAGGGACCAAAGUGGCGGUCAAGUGUAUCAAAAACGAUGCCACAGCUCAGGCGUUCAUCGCUGAGGCCUCUGUUAUGACGCAACUGAGGCACAACAACCUGGUGCAGUUGCUAGGGGUAAUUGUGGAGGAGAGGGGCAGUCUCUAUAUUGUUACAGAAUACAUGGCCAAGGGCAGCCUAGUGGACUACCUGCGCUCUCGGGGUCGGACCGUGCUGGGAGGAGACUGCUUACUAAAGUUCUCACUUGACGUGUGCGAGGCCAUGGAGUACCUGGAGGCCAACAACUUCGUCCACAGAGACCUGGCAGCUCGUAACGUGUUGGUGUCUGACGAUAACAUUGCCAAGGUCAGCGACUUCGGACUCACCAAGGAGGCUUCUUCCAUACAGGACACCGCCAAGUUGCCAGUUAAAUGGACCUCCCCUGAAGCACUAAGAGAGAAGAGGUUUUCCACCAAAUCAGAUGUUUGGAGUUAUGGAAUCCUACUUUGGGAGAUUUACUCUUUUGGGCGCGUGCCUUACCCUAGAAUUCCAUUGAAAGAGGUGGUGCCCCGGGUAGAGAAGGGGUACAAGAUGGACGCCCCCGACGGCUGCCCCCCUGUGGUGUACGACCUGAUGAAGCAGUGCUGGACCCUGGACCCCGUGGUGCGGCCCUCCUUCCGCAUGCUGAGGGAGAAGCUGCAGCAUAUCAGAGCCAAGGAGCUCUACCUGUGAAGAGGAGGCGUGUUGGGGGGCGUGGGGAGACAAGGAAGGGAAGGGGGCAAGACGAAGCCCAGCGCAGCCCUGAGGCAGAGGAGGACAAGAAGAAGAAGAAGAGGGACCACAGCACCCUCCUCCUGCCUGCCCGGGCUGUUGACCUGUGGGACUGCCAUACUGUGCCCCCCUCCCCCACCCUCAAAUGCCCUCCAGCAUCCUCUGCUUUCACACAAAGACUGUUUUCCUGUUUGUGUUGUAUAGCUUUUGCCGGACAGUUUCCUCUUCUCUUGAUGGGCCACUGCUCUUUCCUCCUAUACCUGCCGCUGCUCGCUCUCUCUCUCUCUCUGUCCAAGUCUCUCUUCCUUCUCCACUUGAGCGAUCUUUUCUUUUCCUCCCCUCCUCUUCCUCUUCCUCCUCCUCCUCCUCCUGAACAUGGCAUUAACUGGAGGGGAGGCUGGCCUUUUCCUCCACGUUUGUCAGGUGCUCUUUCUUCUUCUUCUCCUUCCCCCACUCCCUGCCCCCUCAUCAUUCCUGGAUCUCUGUGUCACCAUGUGGCUCUGCAUGCGUUUCAGCCCAGCUCUGCAUCAUUCCAUCCUUCCUUUCCUUCCCUCCUUCCCUCUCCACAGUGUGGUGUUCGGUGUGGGGCCUUCGCUCUGUGCCAAAGUGCCUCCAGUCUACAGAGCUCCAGACUUCCCUCCAGCACUUCUUCAAUUGGACUGUUGUGGUUUGAUUUUUUUAAAUUGCGUUUUUUAAGAAACUUUUUUUAUUGCUUUCUUUUUUUUUCAGGGAGGUUAUCAAACCGUUGUUUUUUUUUUUGUUUGUUUGUUUGUUUUUAAGUGCGGUCUCCCCCACCUCCACCGAUCUACCCAUCGCGUUUUUUUUUUCUUGAAUUCAUACAGAUACAGUGAACAGAAAGAGAGAGGAUAUGGGGGCCAGUAUCAUUUUCAUCCUCCAACCAAGACAGCUCCAAGGAGCAGUUUGGGGGCAGGACAAUAACAGGCGGAAAAGGGGGAGAGGCAAUUCACAAACAUGGUUGAUUCAUCAUAUGUGGGCUUGUUUUUUUAUAUCAAAAUAUAUUUAAAGGAUUAAAAAAAAAAAGAACAAGGAAAAACUGACUGGCGGAGAAUAAAAAAGGACGACUUUCAGAGGCCAGGAGGAGCGAGACUCUUGGUGUUAGGAAUGUUCAGUGUCUCUGUGAACGCUGGGGUCGGGUGGUGCAUGCUGUGUGUGAGAGGCCUUGGGUUCAACUGUCAGUGCUUUCAAUGUUUAUUGUUUUAUUAUGCUAUCAUGAUUAUGAAUAAAUCAUUCCAUCUGAACCGUG